AUGUUCGCCGCCAAACCAUACAUUCUAGAUGUUGUAGGGAUGAUGAUCUUCAUCAUCACUGACACCCAAGCCAAAGAUGACAGAUGUCACCGACCAGUUACUGAAAAUUGCAAUGCUUCGGAAUAUUAUAUUGAUGGCUGGAAAUAUACCGGAUGGUACUACCACACGGAGUUAAAAAUAUGCAGACCUUUGUACACGCCGAAUGGAUGGCACACAUGCAAAGAAAACUAUGAACUGCCCGAGGCCAGAGAAAUGUGCGAAGAUUUAUGCGCUGAAAGUUGCGUCAUGGCAAACGGUGCACAGGGAAUUUGCAUGUCCAAUGAAAUAUGCAAAAUGUAUAACCAUAGGCCCCCCGCCAACAAACCAUGCGGCAGAAACCAAAAUUGCUGUGCCAAAGUACCUGAUAAAGGGUUGUUACCGUUUAAUGGACCUGUGAAUGACUUGGGGGGUAUUGUCCAAGUUGUAGUCCGUAAAAAACUUACUGAUCCAGGGUACCCACGCGAUGCAUUUAGCUACAUCUAUUUCCUACCGUACCAUAUAACUGAAGAAGGAAAACGCUACAAGUAAUAUCAUAUUGUACUCGAAAAAAAUAUCAUUAAAUAUUCCAUCAGUUAAUAUGUGUUAAAAAUAGAA